UUUAUUUAAGUCCCGUGGAUAAUGGCUGAUAGAAGAACAGAGGGAGGGUGACGAGGAGGGGAGGAAGGAAGGAAGGAAGGGGAGGGGAACUGACAUUAAAGCAACACAACAAGGAAACUACACUGCACUGCCUCAGACGCCUUCAUUUUAUGUGCGUGUGUGUGUGUGUGUGUGUGUUUUUUUUUUAAUAAUAGCCCCAGCGGCGUCUUGUGAAAGCGGCGCCGGAGCUGGAACGCGCGCACUCGGGCGUCCGGAGGGGAAAAGGAGCCGCUUGUUUUCAACCGAGUGGGAUUUAAAGGCGCCCUCCGUCGCUCAAUGGACUCAGAGCCGCCCAGUUCCCCACAGGUGGUGGAGGACGGAGGAGAGGAGGACGAGGAGGAACUGAGUGGAGGAGAGGAGGCAGACCUGCGGUCCAGCUCCGGCCGGGGCUCCCUGCUGACCCGGAGGGGCAUCACCCUGAGGGUGCUGCUCAAGGACGGCCUGGUGGAGCCGGGGGACGGCGUGCUGGCGAUCCACUACUUGGGCAAGAACUUUGUAGGAGACCUGUUGAACGAUGGGAAAAUCCGGUGGGUGGAGACGGGGCAGAUCUUCAACUCCCCGAGCGCCUGGGCGACCCACUGCAAACGCCUGGUCAACCCGGCCAAGAAGUCCGGCUGCGGCUGGGCGUCGGUGCGCUACCGGGGUCAGAAGCUGGUCCAGUACAAAACCACCUGGCUGCACAAGUACCAGCCCAGCGCCGACAUGAGCCUGGUGAGCGAGGAGGACGAGGACGAGGACGAAGAGGAAGGGAAGGCGGCGGUGCAGGCGGACGAGAAGAACAAGAACAGCAAACCUGGGUUAAACGACGUGGUGGUUUCACGGAGAACCGACCGAGAGAGAAUUCCCGUCAGAUAUUGCACCCUGGGCACCAGAGACGCCGCCAGAGACCCACACACGCUGGUGGAGCUGUCCGCCUUCUCGGCCAUCAACCGGUUCCAGCCGUUCAACGUGGCCGUGUCCAGUAACGUGCUGCUGCUGAUGGACUUCCACUGUCACCUGACCAGCAGCGAGGUGGUGGGAUACCUCGGAGGACGAUGGGACACAAACACACAACUGCUGACCGUCUUAAGGGCUUUCCCCUGUCGGACCAGGCUGGCGGACAGAGAAUCUGCUUCUGCUGUUGAGGAGGAGAUCUGUCAGAACCUGUUCAUGCGCGGGCUGUCGUUGGUGGGCUGGUACCACAGCCACCCGCGGGGUCCGGCCCUGCCGUCCCUGCAGGACAUCGACUCGCAGAUGGACCAUCAGCUGAGGCUGCAGGGAUCCAACAACGGCUUCCAGCCCUGCCUGGGCAUCAUCUGUGGGCCGUACUAUCACGGCAAUCAGGGCGUGGCGUCCACAAUAACUCCGUUCUGGGUCGUGCCACCGCCGGAGCAACGGCCCAAUGACCACGGUAUCCCGGUGGCUGUGGAGGUCACCUACGUGCAGGACAACUUUCUCACCAGCGAUGUGCUUAACGAGAUGAUGCUGCUGGUUGACUACUACAGGACAGCUCCCGACAUCGUCCAGUUCAGCCAGUACUGGUGUCCCGAUACCACUAUGAUGGACAAGAUCAAGGGCUCCCUGAGUUGCCACGCUCCCAAGGAUCAGGCCUACUCUCAGAUCUUAGAGCAUGUUUACAGUCAGCUGAGCUGCACACACUGAGGGUGAGGGAGGGGGGGGGUGGGGGAGGGGGGGGGAAGCUGCUCUCCACCGCAAGUCCUUCCGUUUCAAAGAAAAAAAACAUUCGGGACGGAUGAAAACCGCUUGAAAAACAUAUAGAUGCCUUGAAUUCUGUCACGUUUGAGUAGUUCUGAUGGGGCAUAAUAGUGAGUUUAAGGGAAAUAAACCACCUUCAGGGACCAGAAAUCAACCUGCUCUGAUGGAGCUCUUCCCGAUUGGACCUAUGUGCCUAUCUGUGCCGGGCUCCUUUUCGAUGAGCAGAUAUGUGUACGAUGUAAACGUUUUAAUGUGGUGUUAUUGCCUUUAUAGACUAAUCCACCGGAGCAGUAGUUUGGGGGGGGGGGGGGAGAAUAAUU